AUGUACAAGCGUGCGUCUCAAAUAGGGAAUAUUCAGAGGAAGGAGAAAGGAAAAGAGAAGAGUAAUGUCCUUGAGAAGAGGAAAGAGGUUGCAGGUCAGACAUCAGGGAAUUUGUCGAACUUUUAUCAGAAGAAAGCUAGAACUUUCAGGAAUUUUCAAGGAAGUAGGUCUAGUACAAAUUCUGGGUUUAGGGGAGACGCGAAGCCUGCUAAGCCAUUACUGGACCGAGAUGGCAAUGAAAGGAAGUAUUUCUUUAGGAGAUGCAAGGAAAAUCAUCCGGGAAAGGAUUGUGAUGGGAAUUUGGUUGAAUGUAAUCUUUGCCACAAGAAGGGACAUAGAGAGUAUGAAUGCUACAUCAAGAAAGGGAGUGGGAGUCAACAGCCGUGGGGGACAAGGCCGGUGGAUGGAAACCGGAUCGAAAGGUCAGGUAUGCAACGUGGGGGUAAUCAAGUGGGAGGAAUAAAUGCACAGCAGGUUGGUGGACGGGUAUCUGCGGUCAGUGCAAGAGAAGCUAACCAAGCAACGGAUGUAGUUACAGUGGCUGUUCCAUCGGGAAAAUUGUACAAUUGUGAUAGAUUGUAUAAGGACGUACCCUUAAGAAUAGGGAAGGUCAUUUUUCCUAUUGACUUGUAUGUGCUAGAAAUGGAAGGCUUAGAGGUAAUUUUGGGGAUGGAAUGGUUAGGAAAAUAUAAAGCCACUAUAGAAUGUAGGGAGCAAAGAGUGUCGCUAGAAGGACCAAGAGGGGAAAACGUUAGAUAUAGAAAAUUUCAAAAAGGGCCCAAAACCAAUUUGGUGUCAACCUUAGAAUUGCAAAGACUCAUGAGGCAAGGACACCCUGUGUACUUAUGUCAUAUUAGCCAAGUGGGGAAGAAGGAGGAGGAUCCUAAGAAUAUUGCAGUGGUGAAUGAAUUUUUAGAUGUUUCCCCUGAUGAAAUUCCCGGCAUGCCACCUCAACGGGAAAUUGAUUUCACAAUAGACUUGGUGCUUGGGACGGGACCGAUUUCUAAGGCCCCUUAUCGCAUAGCUCCGAAGGAGAUGGAGGAAUUAAAGUCUCAGCUUGACGAAUUCUUGGACAAGGGUUAUAUCCGACCUAGUGUUUCUCCUUGGGGGGCUCCAGUUCUUUUUGUAAGGAAGAAGGAUGGCACCGCAUUCAUGUGUUUGAUGAAUCAAGUAUUUAGUGCGUAUUUGGAUAAGUUCGUGGUAGUCUUUAUUGAUGACAUAUUGGUCUAUUCGAAAGACCGGGAGGAUCAUGAGAAACAUCUACGUUUAGUCCUGCAAACCCUGCGAGAUAACAAGUUGUACGCAAAAUUGUCAAAAUAUGACUUUUGGUUGGAAAAGGUCUUAUUUUUGGGACAUUUUAUUUCUAAGGAGGGCGUCUCGGUUGAUCCGGCAAAAAUAGAGGCAGUUCGAAGUUGGUCGUCACUAAAGAAUGUCACCGAAGUACGAAGUUUCUUGGGCUUGGCUGGGUAUUACCGUCGUUUUGUCAAGGAUUUCUCGCGUAUUGCCCGGCCUAUGACUUUGUUGAUGAAGAAAGAGAAGAAGUUCGAGUAG